UGUCCGUCAACACAUCAUGUUUACCUGUUACGGCUACGUACAUUCCUCCUAUUUAUUACGACGUGUUUUUCUGCUCGUUAACAUUAAUAAUCAAAAUGGUGAAGGCGUGUGUGGCGGUCGGUUGCAAUAACAGAGAAGAUAGACGGAGAGACUUGAAGUUCUACCGGAUUCCGAGAGACCCGGAGAGGAGAGAGCGAGAUGGGCUGCUGCAAUUCGACGAGAAAACUGGGCUCCAAACGAUUACCACAGAUUAUGAAGUAGUCAUUUUAUAUCUGUGUGUAACUUGAUGUGCCACGAGAAAUGUCUGAAGACGCUACGCUCUCUAUGCGCCAACAUGGUGCCCUCCGCCGUACAGAUCCCUGUGGCUCACUGUUUUGGUCCGGAUUCGCACAAACGGCGCAUGUGCUGCGUGUGCAGGAAGCAGACGGAGGGAAACGCCGGGCUACGUUGCCAAGUGUGCGAGCUGCACGUGCACGCCGAGUGCGCCGCCUUCACGUGUGCGGACUGUCGCUCUUGUCACGCGGAUGGGACUCGGCAACAGGACACAUUUCGCCACCACUGGCGGGAGGGCAACCUGCCGUCGAGCGCCCGCUGCCGGCUGUGCCGGCAUUCCUGCGGCUCGUCUGACGUCCUGGCGGGGAUGAGGUGCGAGUGGUGUGGUGUCACGUGUCAUGCAGCCUGCUACCAGAGCGUGGCGCCAGAGUGCAACAUGGGCCGUUUGCGCGGUAUGACGCUGCAUCCCGCCUGCGUACGCCUCCAAUCCAGGCAUUUUAGCAAGCAGCACUGCUUCCGCAUCGCAGAGGGCGGCGGCGGACACCAGCUUGUUGACGGCGAUGACACCGAGGCCCCCGAAAACGGCACGCCGGCGGCGGUGCCUGACCACGGCAAAGUCCUUCUCAAAGUCUACGACGGCGACGACGCUUUCAGACGCGGCGACUUCCACCUCGUGGGACUCGUCAGAUCCGGCAGCAACCGGGAAGUUCUGGAGGCGGCGUUGCGGGCCUUCUACCUGCCAGGCGACCCCCAGCAUUUCCAGCUGGAGGAGGUGGGCGGACGCCGGCGUCUCCGUACCGACCGCGAGCCGCCCGACCGCGGCGGCGGUGACGCGGCCUGGACGCUGAGGGCCGAAGAUUCACGCGCCGAAGUCCUCAAAGUCUACGGGGGUCCGGACAGGUCCGGAUCGGAUUACGUCAGCGUGUCGGUGUCCGAGGACAGCACGGCGGCAUCCGUCCUCGCCGAAGUCCUUCUGAAAGAAGACUUGACUGGAUUUGACCUGCGGGAAGUUCUCAUGAAUGGCAGACAAGUGCAGAGCCAAACGCUGGCGCCGCAGCAGAACAUUCUGGACAGACUGCGCGAAAUCAGGAAGGUGUCUUUGCGCCAGAUGCACCAGACUCGUUUCUACGUGGCAGAGAGGCGGAGCCAAGAGGUGCAGAUCAGCCUGCUGAUUGGAGGGCUGCCAAACCUGCCGGACAAAGAAGACUACUGGCAGCUCAUGCUGGAACACCUGAGCGUCAAAAGUCACCUGGUGGACAUCAGCCACGUGUACGCCAGCCAAGGCGCGGUGGCCCUGCGGGUGACGUGUUUCUCCGAAGCCGAGCGCCUCUUCAUGUUGGCCAAAGACACCCGCGUGGACAACAAGUCGCUCACUUCGCUCGUCGUCCCGGACGUCCAGGUCAGCCUUCUGGAUGAGGAUGUGCGCCCCCUGCUGGUGUUCGUCAACACCAAGAGCGGCGGACUGAAGGGAAAAGAGCUUCUCUACGGCUUCCGCAAGAUUCUCAAUCCGCACCAAGUCUUUGACUUGUCUCAGGGAGGGCCACUGCCGGGCCUCCACACUUUCCGGGCCAUUCCCAGCUUCCGCGUGUUGAUCUGCGGAGGCGACGGUACGGUGGGCUGGGUCCUAAACGCUUUGGAUGACCUACGUUACAGUCUGGUCUGCCGCGAGCCGCCCGUCGCCAUCGUGCCGCUCGGAACAGGUAACGACCUGUCUCGCGUGCUGCGCUGGGGCCCGGGUUACGGCGGCGAGGACCCGAGCCGGGUCCUGGACGGCGUGGAUCAGGCGGAGGAGGUUCUGAUGGACCGCUGGACCGUCCUGCUGGACGCGCGGGACCUCGCGUGCGACGGAUCUGAGAUCUUCCUGGAAGCGCCCAAGAUCGUCCACAUGAACAACUACUUGGGCGUGGGUAUCGAUGCCGAGCUGAGCCUGGACUUCCACCAGGCUCGCCAGGACCAUCCUAAUAAAUUCAGCAGCAGGUUCCACAACAAGGGCGUGUACGUGAAGGUGGGCCUGCAGAAGAUCAGUGCCACCAGGAGUCUGCACCGGGAACUGCAGCUGCGCGUGGACGACCGGGACGUGCCGCUCCCCAGCAUCGAAGGCCUCAUUUUCCUGAACAUUCCCAGCUGGGGCUCCGGCGCCGACCUCUGGGGUUCCGAGGGGGAUGCUCGAUACGCCAAACCCAGCAUGUCUGACGGUUUACUUGAAGUGGUGGGCGUCACCGGCGUGGUCCACAUGGGUCAGGUGCAGAGCGGCCUGCGUUCCGGCAUUCGUAUCGCUCAAGGGAAUUACAUGCGCGUGACGCUGAAGAAAACUUGCCCGGUCCAAGUGGACGGAGAACCUUGGCUGCAAGCUCCGGGACACAUCGUCGUCUCCGCGGCGGGACACAAGGUGCGCAUGCUGAGGAAGUCCAGUUCUAAACACGGCAAGUCACCGGGCGGCGCUAAGGACGUGCGCUCGGAAAGCUCCGCCUCCUCAGAUGACGUCGGGCCGUGAUGUAAAAAGAAAAAAGCCCAUCAAAACGCUGAAUCGUGGUGUUGUUGUCGUGACCGCGCGCGCUAACUUGUUUCGUGCUAACGCCAGAAAUUGUGCCUAUUUUUUUCCAUUUGUAUUUAUUUCGGGACCACUGGGGGCACGCCUCCCGACGUCAAGGACAAAAAGAGCGUAUAAACUGUGUUUGUAUUUUAACCCUUUCUAGGGCAGGUAACUGUUUUUGUCAUUAAAAAGAAAACGCAGUUAACCCCAUAAAGACCUGUUGUCCACAACAGAUUUUGCUAUGCUAGCAUUAGGCUACGUCAGGGGUGUGGUUCAAGGCCACAUUCAUGCGAAUUUAGAUACAGUGGGGCAAAUAAAUAUUUAGUCAACCACUAAUUGUGCAAGUUCUCCCACUUGAAAAUAUUAGAGGCCUCUAAUUGUCAACAUGGGUAAACCUCAACCAUGAGAGACAGAAUGUGGAAAAAACCCCAGAAAAUCACAUUGUUUGAUUUUUAAAGAAUUUAUUUGCAAAUCAUGGUGAAAAAUAAGUAUUUGGUCAAUACCAAAAGUUUCUCAAUACUUUGUUAUGUACCCUUUGUUGGCAGUAACGGAGGCCAAACGUUUUCUGUAACUCUUAACAAGCUUUUCCACACACUGUUGCUGGUAUUUUGGCCCAUUCCUCCAUGCAGAUCUCCUCAAGAGCAGUGAUGUUUUGGGGCUGUCGAUGGGCAACACGGACUUUCAAAUCCCUCCGCAGAAUUUCUAUGGGGUUGAGAUCUGGAGACUGGCUAGGCCACUCCAGGACCUUGAAAUGCUUCUCACGAAGCCACUCAUUUGUUGCCCCGGUGUGUGUUUGGGAUCAUUGACACGCUGAAAGACCCAGCCACGUCUCAUCUUCAAUGCCCUUGCUGACGGAAGGAGAUUUUCACUCAAAAUCUCUCGAUACAUGGCCCAUUCAUUCUUUCCUUUACACAGAUCAGUCGUCCCGGUCCCUUUGCAGAAAAACAGCCCCAAAGCAUGAUGUUUCAACCCUCGUGCUUCACAGUGGGUAUGGUGUUCUUCGGAUGCAAUUCAGUAUUCUUUCUCCUCCAAACACAACCUGUGUUUCUACCAAAAGUUCUAUUUUGGUUUCAUCUGACCAUAACACAUUCUCCCAGUCCACUUCUGGAUCAUCCAAAUGCGCUCUAGUGAAGCGCAGAUGGGCCUGGACGUGUAUUUUCUUCAGCAGGGGGACACGUCUGGCCGUGCAGGAUUUGAGUCCCGGGCGGCGCAUUGUGUUACUGAUUGUAGCCUUUGUUACUGUCGUCCCAGCUUCCUGUAGGUCAGGGGUCCCCAAACUACGGCCCGCCUCCACAUUUGGUCCGGCCCCCUGAACAUUUUUUUUUUCCUCACUAGUGUUAUUUAUUUCCUGGCUUUUUUCAGUGAAGAAUCCAGAGAGGGUUAUUUUGUCAUUAUCUAUUUAAUUAAUGGUGUUAUUAUUAUAUUAUAUUAUUAUAUUAUAUUUAGGGCUGUCAAACGAUUACAAUUUUUAAUCGAGUUAAUCACAGCUUAAAAAUUAAUCAUAAUUAAUCGCAAUUCAAACCAUCUAUGAAAUAUGCCUUUUUUUAUGUAAAUUAUUGUUGGAAGGGAAAGAUAAGACGGAUAUAUACAUUCAACAUACUGUACAUAAGUACUGUAUGUUUAUUAUAACAAUAAAUCAACAAGAUGGCAUUAACAUUAUUAACAUUCUGUUAAAGCUAUCCAUGGAUAGAAGAACUUGUAGUUCUUAAAAGAUAAAUGUUAGUGCAAGUUAUAGAAAUGUUAUAUUAAACCCCCUCUUAAUGUUUUUGUUUUAAAAUAAUUUGUAAAAUUUUCAAACAAAAAAUAAACUAGUAGUUCGCCAUUGUUGAUGUCAAUAAUUACACAAUGCUCAUGGUGCUGAAACCCAUAAAAUCAGUCUGACCCAAGCGCCAGCAGAGGGCGACAAAAUACCAAAAAACACAAGUAACAAAUGGACAUGACACUGUGCUGUCAUUUUAAUCUGUUUGAGCGGGGCAUGUGCGUUAAAUGCGCCAAAUAUUUUAAUGUGAUUAAUUUAAAAUAUUAAUUACCGCUCGCUAAUGCGAUAAUUUUGACAGCCCUAAUUGUAUUAUAUUAUAUUAUUAUUAUUGUAAUUUUUUUAAAAAACUUUUUUUCCGUGAAGAAUCCAGGAAGGGUUAUUUGAUUGUGGCUUUCUGAAAAACAAGACAUUUUUACAUUUAGGCACUCCUGCCAUCGUCAAACUUUUUCUGUUACAAACUGACCCGGCCCCUCAUCAGAGAAGGGAAAAGUUAUGUGGCCCUCACAGGAAAAAGUUUGGGGACCCCUGCUGUAGGUCAUUCACUAGGUCCCAACCGUGUGGUUCUGGGAUUUUUGCUCACCGUUCUUGUUAUCAUUUUGACGCCACGGGGUGAGAUCUUGCGUGGAGCCCAAGAACGAGGGAGACUAUCAGUGGUCUUAUAUGUCUUCCAUUUUCUAAUAAUUGCUCCCACAGUUGAUUUCUUUACACCAAGCCUUUUACUUAGUGCGGAUUUAGUCUUCCCAGCCUGGUGCAGGUCUACAAUUUUGUCUCUGGUGUCCUUCGGCAGGUCUUUGGUCUUGGCCAUAGUGGAGUUUGGAGUAUGACUGACUGAGGUUGUGGACAGGUGUAUUUUAUUUCUGAUAAUGAGUUAAAACAGGUGCCAUUAAUACAGGUAGCGAGUGGAGCCUCAUUAGACCUCGUUAGAAGAAGUUGGACCUCUUUGACAGCCAGAAAUGUUGCUUGUUUGUAGGUGACCAAAUACGUAUUUUCCACUCUAAUUUGGAAAUAAAUUCUUUAAAAACUAAAAAACGGGAUUUUCUGGGUUUUUUUUCCACUUUCUGUCUCUCAUGGUUGAGGUUUACCAAUGUUGACUAUUACAGGCCUCUCUAAUCUUUUCAAGUAGGAGAACUUGCACAAUUGGUGGUUGACUAAAUACUUAUUCGCCCCACUGUAUGUAUGUGCUAGCUUGAUGUCUAGCACCGUCAGUGGCACUGAAAUAUGAGCUUUCGCAACCAGUUCUCCUAGUUUAAGUGAAUUGGAUGUUUAUAGUUGUCAAUGGAAGCCAAAGAGUUCAUUUUGGGUCACUUCCUGUUCAUUUUGGAUCAUUUCCUGUUGACUUUCUGGUAUCUCUGGGUUGCUUCCUGUAGAUUUUGGGGCUUUUCCAUGUCACUUUUUGUUGUGAUUUAGGGUUACCGGGGCAUUUCAUGUCAUUUCCUGUGGAUUUUUGGUCACUUUUGGUCUUCCAGUUGGUUUUGGGUCACUUCCUGUACAUUUUGAAUCAUUUCCCUUUUAAUUAUAGGGCAUUUCCGGGUUGCUUCCUGUUCAUGGUGACUUCCUGUUGAUUUUGGAGCAUUUCCAGGUGACUUCCUGUUGAUUUUGGGUCACUUCCUGUUGGUUUUGGGGCAUUUUGGGGUCACUUCCUGUACAUUUUUGGAUAAUUUCCUGUUGAUUAUAGGGCAUUUCCAGGACACUUCCUGUGAAUUGGUCACUUCCUGUUGAGUUUGAGUUUUUGGGGCAUUUCCAGGUGACUAACAGUUGAUUUUGGGUCACUUUUUGUUGGUUUUGGGCCAUUUUGGCGUCACUUCCUGUUGAUUAUAAGGCAUUUCUGGAGUUGUUCCUGUUCAUUGGUCGCUUCCUUUUUAAGUUUGGGUGAGUCUAUGGUUUUGGUUUGUUGGUUUUGGGGCAUUUUUUGGUUACUUCCUCUGUAUUUUAUAUUAUUUCCUGUCCAUCAUAAGGCAUUCCAGGGUUGCUUCCUGUUCAUGAGUCACAUCCUGUUGAUUUGGGGGCAUUUCAAGGUCACUUCCUGUACAUUUUGAAUCAUUUCCUGUAGAUUGUAGGGCAUUUCUGGGCUUCUUCGUGUUUAUGGGUCACUUCCUGUUGGUUUGGGCCAUUUUCGGGUCACUUCCUGUACACGUUAGAUAAUUUCCUGUUGAUUACAGGGCAUUUCCAGGCCCGGGCUUCUUCACGUUUAUUAGUCACUUCCUGUUGAUUUUGGGUCACUUCCUGUUGAUAUUGAUCCACUUUUGGGUAAUUACCUGUACAUUUAAAAAAUUUUCCUGUAGAUUAACAGGAAAUGAUUCCUGUUGAUUACAGGGCAUUUCCGGGACACUUACUGUUCAUUGGUCACUUCCUGUUGAGUUUGAGUCAUUUCCUGUCAGUUUUGGGGCAUUUCCAGGUGACUAACAGUUGAUUUUGGGUCACUUUUUGUUGGUUUUGGGCCAUUUUGGGGUCACUUCCUGUUGAAUUUAAAGCAUUUCCGGAGUUCUUCCUGUUCAUUGGUCGCUUCCUUUUUAAGUUUGGGCGUUUUGGGGUAUUUUUUGGUUACUUCCUCUAUAUUUUAUAUUAUUUCCUUUCCAUUAUAGGGCAUUUCAGGUUUGCUUCCUGUUCAUGAGUUCCUGUUGAUUUGAGGGCAUUUCAAGGUCACUUCCUGUACAUUUUGAAUCAUUUCCUGUGGAUUGUAGGGCAUUUGUGGGCUUUUUCAUGUUUAUGGGUCACUUCCUGUUGAUUUUGGGUCACUUCCUGUUGGUUUGGGGCCAUUUUGGGUAACGUCCUGUACAUUUUAGAUAAUUUCCUGUUGAUUAUUGGGGAUUUCCGGGCCCGGGCUUCUUCACGUUUAUUAGUCACUUCCUGUUGAUUUUGGGUCACUUCCUGUUAAUUUUGAUCCAUUUUUGGGUAAUUUCCUGUACAUUUUAGAUUUUUUGCUGUAGAUUAACAAGAAAUGAUUCCUGUUAAUUAUAGGGCAUUUCCAGGCUGCUUACUGUUCAUUAGUUCCUCUUGAGUUUGGGUCACUUCCUGUUAGUUUUGGGGCAUAUUUGAGUCACUUCCUGUACAUUUUACAUUAUUUCCUGUAGAUUUUUGGGUUGCUUCCUGUUGAAUUUGGGGCAUUGCCAGGUUACUUCCAGUUGAUUUUUUGAGCAUUUUUGGGUCACUUCUUUGUUAAUUCAUUGGCUGCCAUUGACAGCACUAGGGGGUGAAUGAAGGAAUGACUAUUCACAUCCAGUCCUCCCAAGUUUAAAUAAAUGUUUGCCCCAGCACUCUACAGCAGGGGUCCCCGAUUUUUUUUCCUGUGAGGACCACAUAACUUUUCCCUUCUCUGAUGAGGGGCCGGGUCAGUUUGUAACAGAAAAAGUGUGACGAUUGCAGAAAUGCCUAAAUGUAAAAAUUAAUUGAUUUUCAGACAGCCACAAUCAAAUUACCUUUUUCUGGAUUCUUCAUGGAACAAAAGUUUAAAAAAAAA